AUGGACGGCACCGGGGACGACGAUGGCAUGGGCUUCGACAUGAAGUCCAUGAUGAUGAACCAGCAGUCCCAGCUCUACGGCAACUACUCACAAGACGGACAGGUGGCCGGUAUGUCUGGAGGUUCUAUGUACGACGAUUCGGCGUUCGGCGUGGGAGAUGAAACCAACGAUGCGAAGCGACGAAGGAUUGCGAGGGCUUGCGAUAUGUGCCGGAAAAAGAAGAUCAAGUGUGACGGCAAGAUGCCAAAGUGUUCACACUGCAUCAACUAUAAGACGGACUGUGUCUUCACGCAAGUGGAGAAGAAGCGUAAUCCACCCAAAGGAGCGAAGUACAUCGAAGGUCUGGAGAACCGUUUGGGACGCAUGGAAUCUCUUCUGCGUCUGUCCGGCCUCUUGUCUGAGGACGACAAUGGAAAGACGGAUCUGGGAACGCUGGAGAAACGACUGGCCGAUCGAACGAAUGCUUUGAAUAUGGCGAGGAACUUGAAACAGUUUAACACCCCGAGUGCAACCCAGCAAACGUCAGCCUCUCAUAACACCACACCCCGCAUGGAUUCCCAUUCCAGCCCGCAUACCGACGCCACAUCCCCCAAGUCGGAGAAACAGUCUGAAGGCGAGGUCGAGGCGCUGUCGGAUAUGAUGUGCUCAUUGGUAACCAAUAAUUGCGGAGAGACUCGGUAUAUUGGUUCCUCGUCUGGAUUCUCGAUCUUCUCACCAAAGGGGAUUCAAUGGGUCAACGAAAAGACAGGAGAUACUUCUUUCCAAGAUAUGAUUUCGUCGGCGUCCGUUGAUGACAACAAGUGGAUGUACUGGAAACCGGAGAUCUUCAAGGAGGCUCUGUCACUAUUCAAGGAUUUCUUCGAUAAUUUUAAUUGUAUGUUCCCGCUUUUCCACGAGGCGACAUUUAUGCAUCUGGUCGAGCGACAAUACUCUCGUGACCCUUACGAGGGCUCUGGGUGGUGGGCGAGUAUCAACGUUGUACUUGCCAUUUCCCAUCGUCUCCGUGUCAUGAGCAACCUAGUGCCUCAUGAAGAAGACAAGAAAGCAUGGUUAUAUCUGAAGAACGCUAUGGGUGUCUUGACAGAAUUGACUAUGCGGAACACCGACCUAUUGAGCGUGCAAGCCCUCUUGGGUAUGUCGCUCUUCCUACAGGGCACUCCCAACCCUCAGCCUGCUUUCUUCCUAGUGGCUGCGGCAAUUCGUCUCUCGCACAGCAUCGGCUUGCACAAACGGGGAUCGGCCUUUGGAUUAAAUACUGUGGAGGUGGAGCAGCGAAAAAGAGUCUUUUGGAUUGCGUACUGCCUUGACAAAGACAUCUGCCUUCGAUCUGGUCGACCACCAGUGCAAGAUGACGAUGAUAUGAAUGUCGAAUUGCCCAGCGAAGACCCGCCAGACAAUGUUGGUAAUGUCCCGCUCGCUAACGGCAAAGGCAAAUUCAACCUCUUCAGAUCCUUGUGCGAGUUCGCCACAAUUGAAAGUAGCGUGUACAAGAGACUGUACUCUGCCAAGGCAUCGAAACAGUCCGAUGGCGAACUGCUUAACACUAUUGGCGAACUUGACAAGGAGUUGGAGGACUGGAAAGACAACAUCCCAGUCGACUUCCGCCCCGAACAUGAGAUCCAGGCAACCCACGGUCCCCUCCUGCUCCAGGUUGUCGUUCUCCAUUUUUCAUAUUAUAAUUGUCUUACCACGAUUCACCGUAUGUCUGUGCACCACGGAUACUGGACCAGCCGUCUAUCAAAUUAUGCGAUUCAAGGCCUAAACGCUCGGCCCUUGAACCCAAGGGUCUUCUUGUCGGCAGUCCUCUGCGUGACCGCUGCGAGGGCGUCAAUCAAUUUGAUCAAGUACAUACCACAGGGAGACUUUGCUUGUGUCUGGUUGAUUCUUUAUUAUCCAGUCUCCGCACUUGUGACUCUCUUCGCCAAUAUUCUCCAAAAUCCGAACGACGGGCGCGCCCGUUCCGACGUCAAGCUGAUGAACGUUGUCGUCAAUUUCCUCUCUACUCUUGUCUCCGAUGAAUCCAACGGCAGUAUCAGGCGUAUGCUGGGUCUAUGCGGCGAGUUCGAGAGAAUCGCCAAAGUCGUCCUUGACAAAGCUGAAAAAGAAACCCACGCACGCAAGAAGCGCAAGAAUGCACCGGAGGAUGAGACAACCGAAGGACAGCGCGACUCCUCUGCCAAUAGGCCUUCAAAGCCACCUCACUCUUCAGCUCGCUUCUCGCCCUCUACGUUUAUGAACAAUGCUAAUGCCGCGGCACUUUCACCUGGUGAUAUCAAUGGCUUUAGUGGAACCACCGGUAUACCUCCAACCACUGGCAUCUCUAGUGACCUACCAAGCAACAUCAACUCGGUGCCUGGUCUCCAACAAGACUUCCCGGGCAUGUUAAGUCCUGAUCAAAUGGCAAAUCCUGGGUUCCACGACCAAGGCUCCUUUCCCGCCAGCCCAAACUUUGCGUCAUUCCAACAGCCCUUUGUACCACAGGAUCUCUGGCAGAUGCCUAUGACGAUCGAGUGGGACUGGGCUGAUAUGUCUGCAAAUUUCCCUGUCUUUGAAGCCGGGAGUGCUGGCCAGCCACCGGCACAAUGA